UAUAGCCCAUGUAACUCCGGGAUAUUUGAUUAGGAAGCAAUUGGAUUUCUUAGAAUUUACAGUCCGUGUUUUUGCGGUGUUUGAAACGGUGAGAAACCAAAGAAUCUCCUCGACAGCAAUAGAUUUUCAGAAAACUACGUUUUGUUUGACCAAGUAGAUAACUCUGAGAGUACCUUCAUUCGGGGCUUUCUUUAUUUGAUGAAGUGGGAAGUGUCUGGCUGAGCAGACCAGAUAAAAAAAUAUAUAUAUAUUUGGCUAAAUUUAGCAUGUGCUGCUCAUGGAAAUAAAAUGUAAAACGCAGAAAAUGUUCAACUUGACCAGGAAAGUAAGACAAGAAGAAAAGCCGCCCCUGAAAUCCUCAUUAAUCCAAAGCAAGGCAUCUUAUGAUCUCAGGAAGCUCCAAUCCUUGCUUGCCAAAAGCAGCCCCAGACAGGAGGUAUCAUCACCGACUCAUAGUAAAGCAGUCAGCAGCAGAACCAUCAGAUCCUCACAUUCUCCAAAGCACAUCAGCAGGCUCAGGAAUGACAGCGACCUCAGCAGUGAAGUGACUCAACUGGAAAAAUUCAGCAUAGCAUUCAAAGAUCAAAGAUCUUUCAGCAGUCACCCUCUAAGUAAACUGUUCCUGGACAUUCUUACAUCAUUGGUGAAAAAUAGACUCUGCAGUGAGUGGAUCAACCAUGCACCUCCUGAAGCGGUUCAUAGAGUUCUUAUCUGCCUUCGACUACUGAUCAGAGAUCCCAACUAUCAGAAAAUUCUUCAUGAGCUCAACGGCACCCUAUUUCUUGCGAGGUACUUGGAGUCUGUCACGGCCAAGUACAUAUCAUGUGGUGAGGAGGUGGUGUUUGAUACUCAGAGGCUGAUUACAAUGACCUACAUAUUUCAGAAGCUGUCAUCUGCUAAUAAUCAAAGGUCCUGGGUCAUUCAGAGUGGUGCACACAGGACCCUGGCGACACUCCUCUCCUCGACAGACUGUGGUGUGUUACAGGGAGCCAUUCUUGCACUUACAGCUUUGGCGGAGAGCUCUGAAUGCAGGACAGAAAUCGGAAAGCUACAAUUUGUGGAAAGACUUCUUAUUAUACUGCAGGAAUAUGAUCUGAUCUUAAAGAGAAUGAGUGCUGAGUUGCUGAGGCUUUUGUCUUCCGACCAACAUGUGAGGGACCAGUUAAAGGAGCUGGAGGGAGUACCGGUGCUGCUGAGCCUCCUGCACAGCAGGAACCUGAAGCUGCUGUGGAGCGUCACCUGGGUCCUGGUCCAGCUAUGCGAGGAUCCAGACAACAGGGCUGAGAUCCGGAGCUGGGGGGGAGUGCAGCAGCUCCUCCGUCUGCUCAACAUGCAGCAUGUCUCUGAUCAUCCAGCCAUGGAGAUGCCUCCCACUCCCAGCAAACCCCCUCAGUUCUCCAGAGAACAUACUAGUGAGGAGCUUGGACCAUAUGAGAAGGUGCAGAACAUGGCGGCUCUACAGUCAGCCUGCUGUACAGCUCUGACUGAGCUGAGUCUGGAUGACAUGUCUGCUCACCACAUUGUGCAGGAAAAUGGUAUCUAUAUCAUUGCAAACCUAAUUUUGCCAAAAAACUGUGAAGCGGAAGACAUUUCUUUACAGUGCUAUGCCUUCCGAGCUCUAAGAUUCCUCUUUAGCGUUGAAAGAAACAGAUAUCUGUUUAAAAGGCUCUUUCCCACAGACCUCUUUGAAUUGUUUAUUGAUGUUGGGCAUUAUGUGCGAGAUCUCACAGUUUACGAGGAGCUGCAGACCAAAGUUUCACUAUACUCUGAAGAGGAGCUGAAUAGUCUGAGAGAGAACAUUGAUGCUGUGGACCAGACCCGGCCUCCGCUCAGAGUGAUUGGUGGUUACUCCAUACUGGACCACCUGGGCUCUGGAGCUUUUGGAAGUGUCUUUAAAGUCCAAAAGCAAGCCGGGCAGAACUUUCUGGCUCUAAAGGAGGUAAACCUGCGUAAUCCUGUGUUUGGCAAAGACAAGAAAUCCAGAGACAGCAAUGUGGAAAAGAUCAUCUCUGAGCUUACAAUCAUCAAAGAACAGAUGAUGCACCCAAACGUAGUUAAAUAUUAUAAAGCAUUUUUGGAAGGUGACAAGCUUUACAUUGUAAUGGAGCUGAUUGAGGGUGUGCCACUGGCUCAACAUUUUAAUUCACUGAAGGACAAGCAACAAACAUUCACUGAAGACAGAAUUUGGAACAUAUUCAUACAGAUGUGCCUGGCUUUAAGGUACCUGCACAAAGAGAAGAGAAUAAUUCACCGUGACCUCUCACCAAACAACAUCAUGCUAGGGGAGAAAGAUAAAGUCACAAUCACUGACUUUGGGCUCGCUAAGCAGAAACAGGAGAACAGUGAGCUGACGUCAGUGGUUGGUACCAUCCUCUAUUCCUGUCCAGAGGUGGUGCAGAACAAACCAUAUGGAGAGAAAGCUGACAUCUGGGCUUUGGGCUGCCUCCUGUACCAGAUGGCAACUCUACAACCUCCGUUCUACAGCAGCAAUAUGCUGUCACUUGCAAACAUGAUUGUUGAAGGGGCCUAUAAGCCAGUUGAAGAGGGAAUGUUUACAGCGAGGCUCACAGAUAUGAUUAGAUGGUGUUUGAGUUCAGAUGCAGACCAGCGGCCGGACAUCGUAGCCGUCAGCUCCAAGAUUACUGACAUUAUGAUGAGGCUGAUGGAUGGACUCUACACCUCCCAGAAUGCACUGCAGCGCAGGGCCGAUAAAGACAGGAAACGAACACAGAAGUGUUUAAUGGAAANGGCUACAAAACAAGAAUAACUACUGCCACUCAGUCAUGGAAAAACGACUAAAAGAGUCAGAAUAUUUGGCUCAAAACUCCUCUGGAGGCUGCAGCUCUGGAGAAAUGAUGCAGCCAAACAGUCAAGAGCCCCGUGUUAGUGUCAGAAUGGAUCAGAUUGAAGCCAG